CGAAAGGGAAUCGCAGAAUAGCAAAACAAUUAUAGCAAAGCUAAUGAAAGCAUUAUGAUCGGAGAUAUGAUGGAUUAGCGAUUCACGUGCUAACUAAUAGUGAAUGAUUUAAUUGCCAUCUGUGCUUGACGUGAAGAAAAAAACUGUUUGAAAGGGGAAAUAGUCAGCCUAGAGCGGGGAUUGUUAUUGUGGAAAGUGAUUUUUUGAAGUAUAUGUGUUAAAUUAGGUAAAGCACCUAACGAUUGAUGAUCAUCGUUUGAAUACAUUUCCGGAUCAGAAAAACGAAAAGAUGAAUCUGACGAUGAAGGUGCUGUUAUUGUUCUCAUUCCUGCUGAUCCACUCGUCCGGCCACCGGAUACAACUGUCCGAUUCGAUUCUGGACAUCAUCAACACCCGACACGUGGAGCGGAUCAUGGCGGAGCGGCGAAUGAAUUCCACGUCGCGGGACGACAAACGCUACACGAUGGUGCAGCAGAACGAGCUGAUAGACGACGAUGCAACCGAGGACAGCACCGGCGAUCUCACGUAUCAGACGCCCGAGGUGGCGAUCGAUUUCGACUUCAACGGGCGGCGGCAGUCCAGUGGAGGUGGCGGCGGCGGCGGUGGCGGUUCGACGGUAACAUCAUUUACCAACGAAAGCGGCUUUCAGUACCAUCCAACGGGAUCCGCCCCCAACGCAGAUAUUUUGGCCGACCUGCAGGCGUACCGGGGAGACAAGUUGCUCAAAUCGAGCAAGAAUGCCCUGGUGGUGACGCGGAAGGAGUACCUGAAGAAGGACUGGUGCAAGACGGAACCCUUGGUGCAGCGAAUCCGGGAGGAGGGAUGCCUCAGCCGGACGAUCAUCAAUCGAUUUUGCUACGGGCAGUGCAAUUCGUUCUACAUUCCAAAGUCGCCGAGACGUAGGCGUCACGGUGGCGUCGGCGGCAGCGGCGGGCGAAAUGGACACGGCGGUGGCCACGGCCAUCACGGGGGCCGCGCGCGGGAGGUCGAUCUGGACUUUGAAGACGAAGACCUGACCGGGCCGGCGUUUCGCUCGUGCGCCUUCUGCAAGCCCAAAAAGUUCACCUGGAUCACGGUGACGCUGCGGUGUCCCUCGCUGGUGCCCCAACUGCGGCGGAAGCGCAUCCAACGCAUCAAACAGUGCAAAUGCAUUGCCGAGCCGUUGAAUUAGAGAGCUGUUAUUCGUAUUCUUAUUAUUGGUAUUAUUGGUUCUGUUGUCGACGCUGCCGUUGGUUGGUUGCUGCCGCUGCUGCUUGAUGAUGAUGAUGAUGCGACGUGAAAGUGUGGGUACCUAAUAUGUAAAUGUGUAUUUUUGUGUGGGUGCGGAUGAUUGAGCGCUCUUUCCGCCUUGCACUUGGCGACCUGGCGAGGAAGCGCGCGCGAAACCAGGAAUGAGAGUAGGCUUUAUUUUGUUUUAGGUUUUUAUUUUUUAAUUAUAUUUAAUAGGUCUGUUUUGUUUUAAGUCGUUUUGUUUUUAAGUACAUAUAGAAAUGAUGUGUGUGUUUGCAGUUACGAUUUCUGACAGUGUCACGUUUUGGCGGUUCAUGACGGCACGGUUAUUUAUUCAACUUUAAAAACGGAUCUUAGGACAUAGUAUUAAUUUUUUACAGGGGGUCAGAAAAUUAGGAUCACAAGUGUUGUGGUUUGAUUCAACAGUUUCAAAGUUAAAUUCAAAUUCAAACGAGUGAUGUGUUUAUACCAAUGUUUGGUGCCACUUUAA